CCUGCUGUGAUUUACAGAAGUGGGUGGAGUUGAGAGUUUUUGUAAGAGAAAUUAAAAUAAAAGUAAUUUUUCAUGCUGAUUUAGCUCUUGAUUUUGAUUGGACACUGAAGCAGCAUUAAUGGAGCAAAAGGAGGAAGAUCUGAAUUCUCCCAUGAUGGAAAACAUGAACACAGAACCUGAUAAUUCUGAUUCACCAGUAAAGAGUGGUCCUGAUCCAGGUCCUGAAGAACCACAGAAUCAGCAGGAUACAUCCCAUAAUUCCAGCAGGACGGAGGAGAGCACCAGGACAGUGGUGAACCCUGACCUCACAAAUACAGAACCAGAACCGCUGAUUAAAGAAGUAAAACCACCGCUUAUUAAAACUAACCCAGUGAUUGGUGUGACAAAACACAGAAGAAUUGGGUCUCAGAAAGUUAAAUGCAGCAAUCAAACAUCAGCAUCCGCCAGCAUCUCCUCCCCGAUCACCACAACUGCACUGGAUACGAAGCGCUCUGUAAUUCUGUCUAAUGAAGAAAGGAAGGAGAUGGUGAAACAGGCCAGAGCUCUGAAAGACGAGCGCAGAGCAACGCUCGACAGCCGACACAAGUAUCUCAUCGCCAAGAUCACCAGUACUGUCUCUCUUGGAGAGACGGAGGCGGAGGAGGCGCUUAUUUCUGAUGAGAAGUUCAGCAUGAUCGAGGAUUUCUUCUCAGCCAACGGAUCAAAGAGACUGAUCUUCUACUAUCAAGCAGUGCAGCCGGCCCAUGGAAAUGGACCCUCUGGGACAGAAUCUCAGAGUGUACCCAGUGGACAGAAGAAACUAUUCAUCACUACAGGAACCACUGAGAGUCUGACUGGGGUGUGUUUGUUUUUUCUGCGCAACACCAUCAAGACCAUAACAACCAGUAACAUAUCCCAGGAGGUGAAUUUUGGGAUGCUGGAUUGUACAGAUGGAAAUCUUUUAAACAGUCUGGAGAAAUUCUUCACUGAAGUCCUGUAUCCAGCACUCAGGUCACAAGAGGACUGGGGGGUGAUGCAGGACGGACAGAGAGACUCCAAUGUUCAGGAUUUCUUCUUCUCAGUAGAUAAAUUUAUCUGCAGCCUCUCCUCAGCCAGGAGGAACACGGAGAACCUGCUGCAGUUUCAGAACAUGCUGUCAGCUCCAGACCUCAGUGACCUCCAGGAACCGGAGGACUUCACCAACGCUGUGAGUAACUCGGAGCUGGUGGAGGGUCUGGAGGCGGUUCUGCUGCGCUGGGUGAAGCAGAUCGAACAGGUUCUGGCUGAAAGUGAGCAGCUGAGGAAGGAGGCGGACGAUAUCGGGCCCUCUGAGGAGCUGCAGUACUGGAAGAGCCGCAUGAGCACCUUCAACAGCCUUUUGGAGGAAAUAAAGAAACCCCACGUCAGGAAGGUCAUUGGAGUUCUGCAGGUGGCCAAGUCCAAGAUGCUGAGUAAAUGGAAAGAACUGGAUGGAAACAUCACAAUUGUAGCCAAUGAGGCCAAAGAUAAUGUGAAGUAUCUGCACACACUAGAGAAGUUCUUCAGAGCACUGGGGAAGUGCACGCCGAGCUCUAUGUUGGAGCACAUCCCCAGCCUGCUGAACAGCAUCCGUCUGAUUCAGAACGUCUCCCGAUACUAUAACUCCUCUGAACACAUGACCUCCCUCUUCGUGAAGGUCACUAAUCAGGUGGUCAGCUCCUGCAAACUCUACCUGUGUCAGGGAGUGAGCAAAAUCUGGGACCUGGACAGGGAAGCGCUGUUGAAGAGGAUUGGGGAAUGCCUGCAGCUGAAUCAGGAAUAUCAGCAGUGUUUCCAAAGAGUCUGGAAAACACUACAGCAAACCCCAGCUGACCAACAGUUCGAGUUCAGUGAGAAUUAUAUCUUCGGGAAGUUUGACGCGUUCUGUACUCGUCUAAAGAACAUCUCAGACAUGGCCACGACUCUAGAAGCUCUCUCAGCUUUACAGCAAAUACAACUGGAGGGAAUCGAGAAAAUCCACAUCCGCUAUCAGACCAUCAUAACCAACAUCAAAUCCAAGACCUACAACGUCCUGGACCACCGCAAAGUAGAGUUUGAUAGUGAUUACUCAGAGUUCAAGGGUCAAAUCCAGGCCUUGUUUCAGUCUCUUCAGUCUCUACUGGACACCUUGUUUCAGCAGCCGCUUUCUACCGCGCAGCUGCUGGAUCUGUUGUGUAAGUUUGAGAAAGGUGUAGGUGAGCACAUGGACUUCAGUCAGAAAUACGCUGUAGUUCUGCAGCGUUUCGCUAAUGAUCUGGAUCAGGUGCGCAAACUCUACCAGAAACAGAAGGACAGUCCUCCCAUCCCACGCAACAUGCCUCCUAUAGCGGGGCGCAUCAUGUGGGCACGUCAUCUGUUCAGAAAGAUUGAGCUGCCAAUGGAAAAACUCAAAGAUAAACUGAAUGUUUUACGGGGUCCGGAGGUGAGGAAGAUAAUUCAGGCAUAUAACAGGACAGCAGCGGUUCUGGUGGAGUAUGAGCUGCUGUUUCACAGAGGCUGGAUCAGUGCAGCAGAACUGGGGCAGCAGGGAGUCAGCGCCUCACUUCUCGUCAGAAACCCGCAUACUAUGGAGAUCUGUGUGAAUUUGGACCCGAUGGUUUUGGAGGUGCUGCAGGAAAUAAAGUACAUGCAGAAACUGGGAGCUCCUGUUCCAGCAGCCAUCUUUAAAAUCUAUCCCAACAUAGCAGAGCUGAAAUAUCAUCAUAAUAAGCUGAUUGAGAUGCUGAGAGACUUUGAGGCGGCUGUAAUCAGGAUCCCGGCUCUUCUUCAGCCUCUAAUGAAGCCUUUUAUCAACCGGGUGGAAACGGCUCUUUCUCCCGGACUCACCACUCUGUCCUGGACCUCCCUCAACAUUAGCUCAUUCAUAGAUGGUGCGUAUGAAUCUCUGCGUGAGCUGGAGCAGGUGGGGAAGGUGAUCACGGAUAUCCUGGAGUGUCGGAUCGAGCGGAUUCUGGAUUUUAUGUCCUGCACUGCUCUUCUGGCUCUUCCUGAGGAGGAUCCAGUUCUUCCCAAAAACUUCCUCAGUGAUACUGAAAGCACUGUAAGAUCAGCCAGACACGCACUAAUGACUCAAAGUCAGCAGGUAGAGCGAUCAAUGUAUGAGCUCUUCGAGGAAGUGAAGAGGGGGAUGAAUCCCAGAGAGAAGGUGAACUUGGAGGACUCAUUCCAGUGUCUUCACCCUGAUGCUAAACUGAAGACUCGCUGUCAGAUUUGUCUGCCCUGUAGUUUCUACAUGACGAUGUCUCAGCUGUGCCAGAAGAACACUGAGGCGCUGGUUAAAGCUACUAAACGUUCCCUGGACUCUCUGAGGCACCGUCUCCAUGUCGUCUCCAGUCCCAAAUAUCAUUUAUCUUCCUCAUCAAGCCGUCCAGCACCACACGCUCCUCUGUUUAGGACCUCCAUCGAGCUGGCCAUCCCCAACGUCAUCUUCAGACCAAGCCUGGAGGAAAUACAGAGUAUUCUGAAUAAAGUUGUGGCUGCAGUUCUGUCCACGGCGAAGGAUAUUCCUCUUUGGAAGUUUUCUCAUCUACAACACAAGCAAUAUCAGAUAGAGCAGCAGGCAGCUCGAGAGCAGGGGGAUGAUAGCCCGGUGACCAAACAGCUGACCCUGAAGCCUCUGGACAGACAGCUAGCUGAGCAUAAAGACGUUACUAAAGCUGUGGCUCAGCUCAGCUCCAUCAUGUCCUCUCUGAAGGUGAACGCUGGAGACAUUCUGGUGGACCUGAUCCAUUUCUCCGCACUGUGGAACCAGGAUCCAGCAGAACAAGUGAAAGAAUUUUUGGACACUAAUCCAUCCCUCCCAGAGUUCAAUUCCCAGCUUUCUUAUUAUUCUGCUCUGGAAAGUAAGAUCGAGGAGAUCCCGUCCACCUGCACCUCCGGUCCCGUCCUUUACGACGUCCAGUCCCUGAAGCUGUCCCUGACUCAGGAGUGCCGGGCGUGGAAGCGGGCGUACGGCUCGGCCCUGAACCGGCGAGCCUCGGCGGACAUGCUGGAGAUCAGCUGCUUUGUGGAGGGUGUGAGCCGACAGCUCCAGAGACCCGUCUCCGACCUGGACGACGUGAGGGUGGCCAUGGCUGCUCUGAAGGAGCUCCGGGAGGCGGAGAUACGAGUCGACGCCACUGUCGGUCCGGUGGAGGAGUCGUUCGCUCUCCUGAACAAACAUGAGCUGCAGUUUAUUGAUGGAAACGCAGAGAAGAUGGACAGUUUAACAUACGGCUGGAAAAACCUCAGAGUUCUGGUGGUGCAAACACAGAACACUCUGGAGACUAUUUAUCCCAAAAUGAAGGCGGAGCUUCUGUCUGAAGUGGAAACAUUUCAGCCCGCAGUGCAGAAUUUCUACAGCGAUUAUGAUAAGAGUGGUCCGGGUGUGGUGGGGCUGAGCCCUCGUGAGGCCAGUGACAGACUUCAGAUUUAUCAGGCCCGAUUUGAUGAUCUUUGGAGGAAAUUUGUUACUUUCUCCAGUGGGGAGGAGCUGUUUGGGCUUACAGUUAAAGAGUAUCCUGUUCUCCAUCGAAUCAAAAGGGAGCUCAGCCUGCUGUCGAAGCUCUACAGUCUGUAUAACUCUGUAAUCGACACUGUUAACGGGUACAGUGAUGUACUGUGGGCUGAUCUCAACAUAGAAAAGAUCAACGGUGAACUGCAAGAUUUUCAGAACAGAAUCCGGAAGCUUCCCAAGGCUCUGAAAGAAUGGCAAGCCUUUAAUGACCUCAAGAAGACCAUUGAUGACUUCAGUGAAUCCUGUCCUCUGCUCUCUAUGAUGGCAAACAAAGCGAUGUUGCCCCGUCACUGGGAACGUUUAGCUGACAUCACAGGCCACAGAUUUGAGGUGGAUUCUGUAAAUUUUAGCCUGAAAAGUGUUUUGAGUGCUCCUCUCCUCAAAUACAAAGAAGAUAUCGAGGAUGUGUGUAUCAGUGCAGUGAAGGAGCGGGACAUCGAGGCGAAGCUGAAGGACGUGGUGGCCGAGUGGAGCAGCCACCAGUUCACUUUUGCAUCAUUUAGGAAUCGUGGAGAGCUGCUGCUGAAAGGAUCUGAUACGGUGGAGAAGGUGGUGCUGAUGGAGGACAGCCUCAUGGUUCUCAGCUCUCUCAUGAGCAACAGGUACAAUGCUCCGUUUAAAGCCUCUAUUCAGCAGUGGGUGCAGAAGCUGUCGAACAGCUCUGAGGUGAUCGAGAAAUGGCUGACGGUGCAGAACCUGUGGCUGUAUCUGGAGGCUGUGUUUGUGGGAGGGGAUAUCGCCAAGCAGCUUCCACAGGAGGCUAAGCGCUUCCAGAACAUUGAUAAGGCCUGGCAGAGGAUCAUGCAGAGGGCUCAUGAGAUACCUGGGGUGGUUCAGUGCUGUGUGGGAGAUGAGACUCUGAAUCAGCUGCUUCCUCACCUGUUGGAGCAGCUGGAGGUGUGUCAGAAAUCCCUCAGCGGAUACCUGGAGAAGAAGCGCCUCGUCUUUCCUCGGUUCUUCUUCGUAUCUGACCCGGUUCUGCUGGAGAUCCUGGGCCAGGCCUCUGACUCACACACUAUACAGGCUCAUCUGCUGAACUUGUUUGAUAAUGUGAACAGAGUUGUGUUUCAUGAGAAGAACUAUGACCAGAUCCUGAGCUUUCAGUCCCAGGAGGGGGAGACUGUGAACCUGACCGAGCCCAUUAAUGCACAGGGUAAUGUAGAGAGCUGGCUGGGUCUGCUGUUGGACGGGGUGAGGAAGACGAUUCACAGCAUCAUCAGGAAGGCUUAUAUCUCAGCCUGUGAUCCGGGGAUGAAGAUCAUCGAGUUUCAGUCCAUGUUUCCGGCUCAGAUCGGUCUGCUGGGGAUUCAGCUCAUCUGGACCAGAGACGCAGAGGAGUCCCUCAACCUCUGCAAAUCUGAUAAGAAGAUCAUGCAGACGACCAAUCAGAAAUUUCUGGAUAUUUUGAAUGAGCUGAUUGAUAUGACGACUCAUGAUCUAACCAGGAUGGAGAGAACCAAGUACGAAACCCUGAUAACCAUCCAUGUUCAUCAGAAAGACAUAUACGACGAUCUGGUAAAAAUGAACAUCCGAUCCACGUCUGAUUUCCAGUGGCAGAAACAGUCCCGGUUCUAUUUUAUAGAGGAUACAGACAGAUGCAUCAUACAGAUAACGGACGUGGAGUUUGAUUACUGUAAUGAGUAUCUGGGAUGCACUGAUAGACUGGUCAUAACUCCUCUUACUGACAGGUGUUAUAUAACGCUGGCCCAGGCUCUGGGGAUGAGUAUGGGUGGAGCUCCUGCAGGUCCUGCAGGAACAGGAAAGACAGAGACCACUAAAGACAUGGGACGCUGCCUGGGUAAAUACGUGGUGGUCUUCAACUGCUCAGAUCAGAUGGACUAUAGAGGACUGGGACGCAUUUACAAAGGUUUGGCUCAGUCGGGUGCGUGGGGCUGUUUUGAUGAGUUUAAUCGUAUUGAGCUUCCUGUUCUGUCGGUAGCGGCUCAGCAGAUCUACAUCGUCCUGCAGUGUAAAAAAAACAAGAAGCCUCAGUUCAUCUUCACUGAUGGAGACGUGGUGGACAUGGACAAGGAGUUUGGAAUCUUCCUGACUAUGAACCCAGGAUACGCUGGACGGCAGGAGCUGCCUGAGAACCUGAAGAUUCAGUUCCGCACUGUGGCCAUGAUGGUUCCGGACCGAGCGAUCAUCAUGAGAGUGAAACUGGCGAGCGCUGGAUUCAGAGACAACCAAGUUCUCAGCCGCAAGUUUUACACGCUGUAUAAACUGUGUGAGGAGCAGCUCUCCAAACAGGUUCAUUAUGACUUUGGGCUGCGCAACAUUCUCUCCGUUUUGAGGACCCUCGGAGCCGUGAAGAGAUCCAACCCCUCCGAGUCCGAGAAGACUGUGGUCAUGAGGGUGCUGAGGGACAUGAACAUCUCCAAACUGGUGGAUGAGGAUGAGCCUCUGUUUAUGAGUCUGAUUAAUGAUCUGUUUCCGGGGAUCGUAUUGGAUAAAGCUGGUUAUCCUGAUUUAGAGGCAGCUAUUGUUAAACAGGCGGAGGAGGCGGGGCUUAUCGCCCACCAACCGUGGGUCCUCAAACUGGUGCAGCUCUAUGAGACGCAGAGAGUGAGACAUGGUAUGAUGACUCUUGGUCCGAGUGGAACAGGGAAAACCACCUGCAUUCACACUCUACUGAAAGCUAUGACGGACUGCGGCACUCCUCACAAAGAGCUGAGGAUGAACCCCAAGGCCAUCACAGCUUCCCAGAUGUUCGGCACUCUGGACGUGGCCACAAACGACUGGACCGAUGGAGUGUUCUCCACACUGUGGAGAAAAACUCUGAAAGCAAAGAAAGGUGAAUACACCUGGAUUGUUCUGGAUGGUCCAGUAGAUGCAGUCUGGAUUGAGAAUCUGAACUCAGUGCUGGAUGAUAAUAAGACUCUAACGCUGGCUAACGGAGAUCGUAUCCCGAUGGCUCCGACCUGUAAAGUGGUGUUUGAGCCUCAUAAUAUCGAUAACGCCUCUCCGGCCACCGUGUCCCGUAACGGCAUGGUGUUCAUGAGCUCCUCUGUGCUGAACUGGAAGCCCAUCCUGCAGGCCUGGCUGAAGAAGCUUCCAGCCUCUCAGGCGGAGCUGAUUCUAAACUGCUUUAACCCCGUCUACCAGGAUCUGAUAAACUUCAUUUUUACUGCAGUUUCCCCCAAAAUGCAGCUGCUGGAGUGCAUGUACAUCAAACAAACCAUCGACCUUUUACAGGGUCUGUUAUCUGCAGGGGAGGAAAAGAGUCUGACGGAGAAGGUCAUUGGUCGGUUGUUUGUGUUUGCUGUGAUGUGGUCUGUUGGUGCUCUGCUGGAACUGGAGGAUCGAUCCAGGAUGGAGAUGUUCCUCAGAAAUCACCCGGCCGCUCUGGACCUGCCCAACACUCAGCAAGACCAGACCAUUUUUGAGUUUGUGGUCAACGAGGCUGGAGAAUGGGACCCGUGGUCUGUGAAGGUCCCAGAGUAUCACUAUCCUAAAGACUCAGUUCCUGAUUACUCCUCUAUUCUGGUACCGAACGUGGAUAACACCCGCACAGACUUCCUGCUGCAAACCAUCAUGAAGCAGGGAAAAGCAGUGCUGCUGAUUGGUGAACAGGGAACCGGCAAGACUGUUAUGAUCAAGGGCUACACCACCAAGUAUGACCCAGAAACACACCUGAGCAAGAGCCUGAACUUCUCCUCCGCUACGCUCCCCAGCAUGUUCCAGCAGACCAUCGAAAGCUACAUAGAUAAACGCAUGGGCAGCACGUACGGACCCCCAGCAGGGAAAAAGAUGACCGUCUUCAUCGAUGAUAUCAACAUGCCUGUAAUCAACGAGUGGGGAGACCAGAUUACGAAUGAAAUCGUUCGUCAGCUGAUGGAGCAGGGGGGAUUUUACAGUCUGGAGCGUCCGGGAGAGUUCGUCAGUGUGGUGGAUCUACAGCUGGUAGCAGCGAUGAUUCACCCGGGAGGCGGCCGAAACGACAUCCCUCAGCGCCUCAAACGCCAGUUCUGUGUGUUUAACUGCACUCUGCCCUCCAACUCCUCUAUAGAUAAGAUCUUCCACACGCUGGCGUCGGGAUAUUUCUGCUCAGAGAGAGGAUUCACUGAGAGCGUGAGCUCCCUCGCUAAAGCCCUCGUUCCCACCAUCAGGAGAGUGUGGCAGACUGUUAAAGCCAAGAUGCUGCCGUCUCCUGCGAAGUUCCACUAUAUCUUUAAUUUGCGGGAUUUGAGUAGGAUAUGGCAGGGGAUGCUCACUGUAGGAGCCGAGGUGUGCAGAGAUCCAGAGGUCCUGGUCUCGCUCUUCAGACAUGAAUGUACUCGAGUCAUCGCUGAUCGCUUUAUUGAUCAGAACGACAGAAACGUAUUCGAUGGAAUUCUGGAAAAGAUCUCCACAGAGGAGCAUGGCUCUGAUCUGGUGAAAGGAGUUGCGUGGGAGGAGUAUUUUGUGGAUUUUCUGAGAGAUGCUCCUGAGAUAACGGGAGAUGAACCUGAAGACACCGAAGUUGUGAUUCCGAAGAUCUACGAGCCGAUUCCCUCGUUCUCAGCGCUGUCAGAGCGCCUAACCCUGUUUCUGCAGCAGUAUAACGAGUCUGUGAGGGGCAGCGCCAUGGACCUGGUCUUUUUUAAGGACGCAAUGAUCCACCUGGUGAAGAUUUCCCGGAUCAUCCGCACGCCGCAGGGUAACGCUCUGCUGGUGGGAGUGGGAGGAUCUGGAAAGCAAAGUCUCACACGGUUAGCGUCGUUCAUCGCUGGUUAUCAGAGCUUCCAGAUCGUUCUGACACGUACCUACAACGCCACUAAUCUGAUGGAAGAUUUAAAGACGCUGUACCGCAUCGCAGGGCUGCAGGGAAAGGGCGUGACCUUCAUCUUCGCAGACAACGACAUUAAAGACGAGUCGUUUCUGGAGUACAUGACCAACGUGGUGGCGUCCGGCGAGGUCUCCAACCUCUUCACCCGAGACGAGAUCUCAGAAAUCACCCAGGAUCUGAUUCCCACCAUGAAGCAGCAGCAUCCUCGCCUCCCGCCCACCAUCGACAACCUGUACAGCUACUUCCUGUCCAGAGUGCGCAGUAACCUGCACGUGGUGCUGUGUUUCUCCCCGGUGGGAGAGAAGCUGGGCUCUCGCGCCGUGAAGUUCCCGGGCCUGAUCUCCGGCUGCACCGUGGACUGGUUCCAGCGAUGGCCGAAGGACGCCCUGGUCGCCGUGGCUCAGCACUUCCUGUCCGGCUAUUCCCUGCAGUGCUCCGAGGAGGUGAAGCAGAGCGUGAUCGGGACCAUGGGGACGUUUCAGGAUCUGGUGGCUCAGACCUGCACUGAGUACUUCCAGAGAUUCAGACGACAGACUUACGUCACGCCCAAAUCAUACUUAUCUUUCAUUAAAGGAUAUCAGACCAUUUAUUCAGAGAAGAUCGGCAACGUGAGAACGCUGGCAGAGCGCAUGAACACAGGUCUUGACAGACUGAAGGAAGCAGAGCAGGCAGUGAAUGAACUCUCUAAAGCUCUGGCAGUGAAGGAGAAGGAGCUGGAAGUGGCGUCUAAAAAAGCAGACGCAGUUCUUCAGGAGGUCGCGGUUAAAGCUCAGGCGGCUGAGAAGGUGAAGACACAAGUACAGAAAGUGAAAGAUAAAGCCCAGGCCAUCGUGGACGAGAUCGAGGGGGACAAGAAAAUAGCCGAGUCCAAACUGGAGGCGGCGAAACCGGCGCUAGCUGCUGCAGAGGCGGCGCUGCAGACCAUAAAGCCGGCAGAUAUCGCCACAGUGCGAAAGCUGGGAAAACCUCCACAUCUGAUCAUGAGGAUCAUGGACGCUGUGCUGCUGCUGUUCCAGCGCCGGGUCGAUUCCGUCACCAUGGACCCUGAGAGACCCUGCCUGAGACCAUCAUGGGCCGAAGCCCUCAAACUCAUGAACAACUCAGGCUUCCUCAGCAUGCUGCUCAACUUCAACAAGGAUACGAUUAAUGAGGAGAUGGUGGAGCUCCUUUUGCCGUAUCUCAGUAUGGAGGAUUAUAAUCUGGAGGCGGCGAAGAGAAUCUGUGGCAAUGUGGCCGGGCUCUGCUCCUGGACCGAGGCUAUGGCUGACUUCUUUGGCAUCAAUAAGGAAGUUCUGCCUCUGAAGGCUAACCUGAAGCUGCAGGAGGCUCGAUUAGCGGUGGCUCAGGACGAGCUGGCUAAAGCUCAGGAGCAGCUGGACGCCAAACAGAAAGAACUGGAUGAAGCUCAGGAGCUUUAUGAUGGAGCAGUGAGUGAGAAGCAGUCUCUGUUGGAGGACGCUGAAGCAUGCCGCAGAAAAAUGUCCAACGCCAUGGCUCUCAUCGACGGACUCGGGGGAGAGAAGAUUCGCUGGACAGAGAGCAGCACUGAGUUCCAGAGACAGAUCAAGCAUCUUCCAGGAGACGUGUUACUGGCUACAGGCUUCCUGUCCUACGCCGGUCCUUUUAACCAGGAGUACCGUAACCUUCUACUGCAGCAGUGGAAGAAAGAAAUGAGCGGUAAUCAUAUUCCGUACAGCCAGAGUUUUAAUCUCAUCACUAUGCUGGUGGAUAACGCGACUCUGGGUGAGUGGAACCUUCAGGGUCUUCCUAAUGAUGAUCUGUCCAUUCAGAACGGGAUCAUCGUCACGUCAGCGUCUCGCUACCCGCUUCUCAUCGACCCGCAGGGCCAGGGAAAGACCUGGAUAAAGAACCGCGAGGCUAAUCAUGACCUGCAGGUUACUUCCUUAAACCACAAGUAUUUCCGAGCUCAUAUCGAGGACUGCUUAUCUCUGGGGAAGCCGCUCCUGAUUGAAGAUGUCGGGGAAGAGCUGGAUCCUGUUCUGGAUAAUAUUUUAGAGAAGAACUUCAUCAGAUCUGGAUCCACAUAUAAAGUUAAAGUGGGGGAUAAGGAGGUGGAUGUAAUGAAGGAAUUCACUCUCUACAUAACCACUAAAAUGGCCAACCCAGCCUACAGUCCUGAGGUCAGUGCAAAAACGGCCAUCGUGGAUUUUACCGUCACAGUUAAAGGUCUGGAGGAUCAGCUGCUCGGCCGCGUCAUCCUCACAGAGAAACAGGAACUGGAGUCGGAGAGAGUGAAGAUGUUAGCGGAGGUCACGUCCAACAAGCGUAAGAUGCAGGAGCUGGAGGAUAACCUGCUCUACAGACUCACCAGCACUCAGGGAUCACUGGUGGAGGAUGAGAGUCUGAUCGAGGUGCUCAGAGUCACUAAAAGCACAGCAGAAGAGGUGAGAGAGAAGUUACUGGUCGCUGCAGAAACUGAAAUAAAGAUUAAUGAGGCCCGGGAGGAGUAUCGUCCUGUAGCGACGCGGGGGAGCAUCCUGUACUUCCUGAUCGUGGAGAUGAGUCUGGUUAAUGUCAUGUAUCAGACUUCGCUCCGGCAGUUCCUCGGGAUUUUCGACAGUUCUAUUGAAAAGUCGCCUAAAUCUCAGAUUACGUCUAAAAGGCUGAUUAACAUCAUGGAUUUUCUCACCUACGAGGUUUUCCGCUAUACGGUACGAGGCCUGUACGAAGACCACAAGUUCCUCUUCACCCUCCUCCUGACUCUGAAGAUAGACCUUCAGGCCAAGAACAUCUCUCACCCUGAGUUCCAGGCUCUUAUUAAAGGUGGAGCUUCUCUCGAUCUGAACUCAGUGGAGCCGAAACCGAGACGCUGGAUUCUGGAUAUGACCUGGCUGAACCUGGUUCACCUGUCCAGUCUGCACCCGUUCUCCAGACUCCCGUCUCAGGUCUCUCAGAACGACCGCGGCUGGAAGUCCUGGUUUGAUGAAGCGGCUCCGGAGGAAGCUCCUCUCCCUGAUGGAUAUGAGAGUCUCCUCGGCGCCUUCCAUAAACUCCUGCUGAUCCGGAGCUGGUGUCCCGAUCGCACCAUCGCUCAGGCUCGGCAUUACAUCACAGAGUCUAUAGGACAGAGAUAUGCGGAGGGGGUGAUUCUGGAUAUGGAUUCUAUGUGCACAGAAAAUGACAAGAGGACCCCAAUGACCUGCUUUCUGUCUAUGGGUUCAGAUCCUACAGAGAACAUAGAGAGACUCGCAAAAUCAAAGGGCUUCCCCUGUAGGCCCAUCUCUAUGGGGCAGGGGCAGGAGGUGCACGCGAGGAGGCUGCUGGCUCAGAGCAUGGCGGAUGGCGGUUGGCUGCUGCUGCAGAACUGCCACCUCGGUCUGGAUUUCCUAGAUGAGCUUCUGGAGACCAUCAACACCUCAGAGAACAUCGCUGAGAGCUUUAGAGUCUGGGUGACGACAGAGGUCCAUCCUAAAUUCCCCAUCAACUUCCUCCAGUCCUCAGUCAAGUUCACCAACGAGCCUCCUCAAGGUAUAAAAGCUGGUCUGAGGAGAACCUACAGCAGUAUAACUCAGGAUCAGCUAGAGAUCACCAACAUGCCCCAGUGGAGACCUCUCCUGUUCGCUGUGGCUUUCCUUCACACCACUGUUCAGGAGAGGCGUAAGUUCGGGCCGCUGGGAUGGAACAUCCCCUAUGAGUUUAACCAGGCGGAUUUCACCUCCAGUGUGCAGUUUGUGCAGAAUCACCUGGAGGACGUGGACGUAAAGCUGGGCGUGAACUGGAACUGUCUGCGCUACAUGCUCGGAGAGGUUCAGUACGGAGGGCGAGUCACUGACGACAUGGACAAGCGUCUGCUGAACACCUUCACUCGGAUUUGGUUCAGUGAGAACAUGUUUGGGGAGAAGUUCUGCUUCUACAGAGGAUACACGAUACCAAACGCCAAAACCCUACCGGAGUACCACUCUCACAUCGACGCUCUGCCACUGGUCGACACCCCCGAGGUACUGGGCCUCCAUCCUAACGCUGACAUCUCCUGUCAGACUAAUAUGGCCAGUGAGAUUCUGAGCACCAUCAUCAACAUCCAGCCGAAGGACAGCAGUGGAGGCGGAGAUGAGACCCGAGAAUCCACAGUUUUACGUUUAGCCAAUGAGAUGCUGGAGAAGCUUCCUCCAGACUAUGUAGCUCAUGAGGUAAGGACCCAUCUGCAGAAGAUGGGACUGGUCCAACCAAUGACCAUAUUUCUGCGGCAGGAGCUCGACAGGAUGCAGAACAUCAUUGGCUGUGUGCGCAGCACUCUGACCGACCUCAAACUGGCUAUUGAUGGGACUAUAAUCAUGUCGGAGGAUCUUCGGGACGCUCUGGACAGCGUGUACGACGCUCGAGUUCCAAAACUGUGGCAGAGAAGUUCGUGGGACUCGGCCACUCUUGGAUUCUGGUUUACUGAACUGCUGGAGAGAAAUCAGCAGUUCCACAGCUGGACGUUUAACGGACGACCCCAUCAGUUCUGGCUCACGGGAUUUUUCAAUCCUCAGGGUUUUUUAACAGCCAUGCGUCAGGAGACCACACGCAUGAACCUAGCGAAAGGUUGGACUCUGGACACGGUGGUGCUUCUGAACGAUGUGACGCGAAUGAUGAGGGAGGACGUGACCGGACCUCCAACAGGAGACGUGGGAGGAGUUUAUAUUUAUGGCCUCUUCUUAGAUGGUGCCGGGUGGGACAAGAGAAACUGCAAGAUUUUAGAGUCUCUUCCUAAAGUGCUGUUCACCCCUCUGCCGGUUGUGCACGUGUACGCUGUGAGCAGUGCGACAGAUCCUAAGCGUCCUCAGGGAGUCAGUCUGUAUCCCUGCCCGGUGUACAGGAAGCCCCGACGCACCGACCUCACCUUCAUCUUCACCCUCUUCCUCCGUACCGUCCAGAACCCCGACCACUGGACCCUGAGGGGGUUAGCCCUACUGUGUGACUGUAAAUAACAGUAACAAUAGUUGUUAAAGGCGUAUCUCUUUUUAAGGUCUAUUGUUUAACUGCAUUGUUAUUCAGCUGUUUUUUUUAAAUAAUGCAGUCUGAUUCAUAUAUAUAUAUGAUAGUGUAUAAUUUUGUGGCACGAAUUACACCCUAAAGUAAUCAAAGCCUUAAUUUAAAGCCGUAGUUUUUUUUUAUUAUAUAUACUUCUAACAGUACAAUAAGUCACAAAUCUAUAUAAAAGCCAAUUUUUAAUUAGUAACUUUCAGAAUCUAAAAAAAUAAUGGCCUUUUGGCCAAUGACAUUUUUGGCCAUACCCCCCAGCGCUAGAGUAGAGUGCACAUAAUUUUUAAGUGUUUUUAGUUGCAGGGUUUCCAUAUAUUUUGAUGCUGUAAGGUAAAAUGUUUUCUAGUCUAGUUCAUUUUUUUUUCACAGUUUUCGUGAAUCUUGGCAUCAUGUUCUCCUCCACCAGUCUUACACACUGCUUUUGGAUCUUGGUUUUGGUAACAAUUUGGUAAACUCAAAGAAACUCAUGAUUUUUAAGUGUUUUCUUAUUUUUCUAGAGCUGUAUAUGUUCUCUGGUGAUGGGAAAAUGCUAGUAGUAUGUUAUUAGCAACCACACAUGCUUAUAGGCUACAUUAAUAAACUAAAAUUUUAAAAGCUCAAUUAGUUUCUCAUAGUUAUAUUUCCACUUUUAAGGGUAAUUAAUGCUGGUUAUGGAUACUCUGUGUUAAUUCCUUCUGUAUUUUUGCACUGUUUUUCUCUAAAAAGCUUGUUUAUGCUCAACAUUAAAUAUGAUUAUAGAUGCAGCAUUCUAUCCGUAUCCUGUUUUUUAUUUUGUCCGUAUUUGUACACACAACAUUACGGACAGAGUCUUCUGUCCCUAUUCUGGUUUUACUUUGUCGGUAUUUGUACACAUUCCCUAAAAAGGCAUAU